GAUCAUACUUCACUUUCAGAAUAUAUUUUUGUUAACUGGCGACUCGUGUCAAUCCCAAGAACUACAAUAUUCAAUUUAUUUAUACGCACAUUUUUUCAUGCAGAUCCAUUGCAAAGAUUGUUCGGUGUACCAGAGAACAAACCAUUCAUUUAUUAGACUAUUUGUAGAACGUCGGACGAAUCCGCCACAUUUAACCGCCGAAACUCAGUUCAAAUAAGGUGACUUGUUUUUAUCAUUUUCUAACCGCGAUGUUACCUUUCCCAGCAUCAGAUGCUUAUAUGAUAUGGACUGAUAUGGGAGACAUAUCGUGCUGGAAGGAGCACGCAGCUGCCAUUGUCGGAGGUACUCUAUUGGUUGCCGCUGCUCCUGUCGUCCUUACCGCGGCAGGAUUCACCACUGGAGGAGUUGCCGCGGGCUCAAUUGCUGCCGGCAUCCAGUCUACAGUAUAUGGAGGUGCUGUGGGCUCCACAAGCCUUUUUGCCGUGCUUCAGAGCGCAGGAGCUGCCGGUUUAGGCGCCAGUGCAAAAAGUGCUCUUUUUGCAGGUGGUGCAGCAAUGGCUACUUGGAUUCAGAACAAGCUAGCUCCGUGUCUUAACGAUGGACCAAAUUGUUCAUCAGACAAACAAUAAUUCCUAUCGGAAUGGACUGUUUUCUGGCAUAAGGAUAGACUUUCACUUUAGACUGUCACUUUAUUACGUUGUAUCCCUAUCUACAUUUAGUAACUGAGAAGGAAAAAACUAGUUGUAACACUGAGAACCAUUUCUGGUUUUGAAGAUACAGUCUCCACUGCAAUUUGUUGAGAUAUUCGGUGUCCUAUCGUUCAUUUAAAGUUAAAUCAGCUAAGCGUAUAGGUACCAUGCAGAAGAACGUUUCUCCCGUAUACACCUUUUUCUAAAGGUAGAAGUUGUAAAUAAGUGAGUGGUCCAGAGUUAACUUCGUUUUCAACGCUUAUGUUAUAUAACUUAGAACUCUAACAACAUUUUUGUUCCAUUUAAUCAUAUAUUCUUGAUUGCAAUAUUGUGAGUUUUGUGUUUUAUAGCAAAUCUGCACACUAUAACGUAGCUAGUCGGUCUGUAAAUCUGUACAAUACAUAUGGGUUGUAUAUUAGGGAACAAGAAAGGUAUCUCUGUUUUGUUGUUGUCUGUUGACAGGCAUGAAAACGAUUAAACACCAAUUAUACAAUUAACUAGAUUUUGUUC